AUGAGAAAAAUAGAUGAACUAUCAAAUGAGCGGAUGAAAGUAGUCAAAGAAAACUCCCGUUGGGCAAAGAAACGUGUCGGAGACCUUUACGGGAGCUUUUAUGAAUCCUUCAUUGUUUUGAUGGGAAAACAACUGGAGAGCAUGAAAAAGGAUCUGGAAGAAUUCCCGGAAAGGAAAUCAACUGCACUUAUCUCCUCCAGUUUUGAACAACAGGUACGGAACAAAAAUAAGAUAAAAAAAAGGAAACGCAGGAAAUUUCAGAAGUUCUUACAAUUGGGAUGGAUUGAACGAGUUCUGAACCAAGCAGGUUCUGCUGUUGAACAACUUUACUAUUCAAGGGUACGCUUGCAAGCAAAAAGCCAAGAAAUCGACAAAGAAGCGAAGUUAUGGAUAGAAGACGAGUGCGAAAUUUGUAAGCAGCAUAUCAAAACUCUGAAAAAGGACGUUUGCUGGAAAUGCGUAACCGCUUUUUGCAACUGCAAAAAAUGUAAAACAUUGAAGAAAGAUAUCGCAACACGACAAAUAGUUCGCGAUUUACACGUUGAGUGGAUCGAAAAAAAUUGCAACUACCAAAAAGCCGUCAUGAAAUCGUUGGAUGACAUUUUGAAAGUACAAGGAGGCACAAAAAAUCAAUUCUGGGAUUUGGUUGAUAGUAUCAAAAAAGAAAUCGAAAAUGGCAGUGAAUUCGAAUCUAUGCCAAGUACUCCAUCAAGCUUGUCACACUCGAAAAUGUUCGCCUCGUACGAAAAGACAGAGGUUCGUCAGUUUUCACUUAAUCAAUAAAAAAAGUCGAUUUCAAAUUAAAUACACUGACCAAACUCAACUUUGCAUCAAAUAUAACAAUCUUAAUAAGUUCUCAACCGUGAGUUUUUACGUCUUCAGAACUGACAUAUUAUGAAAAAGUCAGCAGUAUUUUUUUUUCGAGGAGUUGAAAGCUAUCCUAUAGAUUUUGGAUAGCAAGGAGUACAUAUUAGCAUGUUUAGACAUUUGCUUCUUGUUCAAAUCAAUAUUCUGGUGGAAGUUACAAAGUUCCGGUUGCUUUUUCGACUCCAAUUUAUCCGUCGAAUGCCAAAGAUCCAGAACAAAAAAAACUACUUGACCAGGUUAUCGAACAGCAAAAGGUUGUUUAUUCAACAAUUUUCACGUAUGUAAAUUCAAAAAUUCGGCAGAUUCGAAAAGAAGCCGAAGAGCAAACGAAGGACAUGAGUCUUGCCGAGUUGAUGAGCAAGUUUGGCAUAGAGGUACAAAGUUAAAAAUCAAGUAGUACAGAAAGGAAAAGUUCAAAGAUCGUUGGACUACAGAAGUGGGCGAAAAUAUGGGACGGCUACUAACUAACUUACUUAUUCAAAGUAAUUACUUUGAGUAAAGUUUUCUGCGCCGGAACUUUUUGUUGGAAUGGAAUCCCGACUUUUUUUCGUCUUUUUGUGUAGCAUAGUGUCUAUUGAACAGUCCGGAUACUGCAGGGAUAUCCAACAAAAAUUUUGGCAACCAUCGCUCAAGCAAAAAUGAAGCAGCGAAACACAGAAUAGUAUUAGUAGCUCGGACGUAGUUGAUUUCUAGUUAUAUAUAUAUAGUUUAUUCACUGCCGUUAUUUACAGGAAAAAAAAUAAUUAAAGAAUAAAUGAACAAGUGAAGGAUGGGCAGAGAAAUAACAAUACACGGGAAAGAGUCAGCCUCAACGAGUUGACAGGUACCCGGAAAUAUGACAAAUUCGUAGGAGACGAGAGGGGAUAUUUUCAUUUAAAAACUUCAAAAGGAAGAGCGUUUAACUUUUUACGAAGAAAUUCUGGGGUAACGUUAAAAUAUAAAUAAGAAGUUAGUUUAUUCCAAAGAGGAAUAGUUCUAGUAAAGAAGUCAUUAGACGUGUUGAACAAGGUGCUCUUUGUUAACGAGCUGUCAGACAUUGAAAAGGUGUCUGAUCUCAAAAGCUCGUUCGAUCUUUUCCCAAGGCUCUCAAAAAACCAGAAAAAAGGCUGGACCGUCAAAAAAGCUUUUUCAAGAAAAAUGCAUGAUUCAGUCAUCUCCGUUUCUUCUGGAUCCUGACCCGAACACAUAUCUUAACAAAACAGCGCUCCUUUCGCUCCUUUUCUGCGUCACGAUCAAAGCCGGUUUACGGCUUCGUUAAGCGCUGGCAGACUCUUAUGCGACGCUCCCAACGUCAAUUAUUUAUCUAGUAACCCAAUGAAAAAACAAGAUCAAUGAAGUCCUACUAAUCAACAUUACUUCAAAUCAUCUCGAAAUGUGCAAUCGAGAUUAUUGUAAAUAACAAGGAGUUAAACUUCAAAAUGCUUUAAGAUAAAUAAUACUACCGACUCUGACGAUCGGUCACAAAAUUCCCCAGAUGAGAAGCCGAUGGACACUUCGGAACGGGUUCGUGAAGUUUGAUCUGAAAAUAGUUUCUUUUGAUUUUUCAGCCUACUACUCCAGAACAGGAAACUACACCCAAAACAAGAGUAAAAACUCUCCCGAGAUUCGAAUUUCUCAGAACGUAUCCCUCACAGGUUCUGAAUAUUCUAGAGCACAAGAACUAUUUGUACUUAUCCAGUUCGAACUGAAAAAAGAACCCGAAACACUUAGAAACACUGGGUUCGAGAACGACUAUCCAUUCGGUCCUCCUUGUUUCAAAAGUAAGUUUGAAAAAAUCAUCAAAAAAUGAAUAGAAUGUUGAGAGAGUUGAAAACAGCUACUCUUCUGGAACCAUGGGAAGUUCUAGUUUUUCAAGCCGGUAUGAACUUCCGAAAAGUACAGAAAAAUCGGGAUCUAUCCAAGGUCCAAGACAAUCCAGCAAUAAGGUGAGAAACUUGUAUUUGAUAGAAAAUGAAUUUCGAAGAAUCAUUUCAGGAAAUCAGCGAUUCGCCUUAUCGAUAUGAGCUCACUGAAAGUCUUGAGCGCUCCCAACAAAGUCAAGGUUUCAUUUUUUUCGAUUUGGAUCCAAACUGAUUUUCACAGUUCAGAAAACGAUUCAAAUGGACAGUCCCCGACCUUUCUCAGAGACUCGAAAAGAAAAAGAACGCGUGGAGACUGCAUUAUCGUCUCAAAAGGUCCUGAUUGAACGCGAGAUGUGAGAAAUAAAAAAAACUUUCAGAACCUACCGGAUCGAGUGAAAGAGCUUUUGGAAAAAGCAGAAAGAAAACGCGAUGAGACUCGUCGACAAUAUGAAAACGAGAAAUCCAGGGGACAACAAAUCAGAAAAGAAAAACGGCUACAAUUGGAAGAGCUUGAAAGGAAAGACCGCGAAAAAGAAGAAAAAGCAGCCCGAGAACUGGCCGAACUUUCGAUAAAGAGGUUCCAUGACGACGAGCAAAAAGAGCCCAGAAAGGUUUUUUUCAUUUCACUACAACUAACUCUUAAAAAUAACUCUUUUUUCUUAUAAUGGGGAAUUUUUAGAAUUUUGAGUUUUCCUUCGAGUACUGCUUUUAGUCCUUUUGGAGGGAUUUGAAAAAAAGAAAUAGACAAUUUCAUGAAGUUCUCAAGUAAAUUUAAAAAUUGUCUUAGAUCCUGGGAAUUUCCUUUCCGAACCCAGCAUAAAUACUGAACAAAUAAGACUCAAAAACGAGGAGAUAAAGUUAUCAACACGCUGUUGAGAUAAAUAAUACUCCCAAUUCUGAAAAGUCGUCACAAAAUCCACCCGGUGAGAAAGCCGAUGAACACUUCGGAACGGGUUCGUGAAGAUUAAAAUUCCACAGUUCCCUUUGAUUUUCCAGCCAACUACUCCAGAACAGGAAACUACACCCAAAACAAGAGGAAAAACUCUCCCGAGAUUCGAAUUUCUCAGAACGUAUCCCUCACAGGUUAUGAAUAUUCUAGAGCACAAGAACUAUUUGUACUUAUCCAGUUCGAACUGAAAAAAGAACCCGAAACACCAAGAAACACUGGUUUCGAGGGUGAUUAUCCCUCCAGUCAACUUUUUUCAAACGUAAGUUUGGAGGAGCCUUCAUAAAGUACCAAUAAAAUUUUAAGAGAGUUGAAAAUAGCUGCUCCAGCUCUUCUGGAACCAUGGGGAUUUCAAACUUUUCGAGCCGACAUGAAGAAGUUCCAAAACAAAAUUGGACAACAAAAAAUAAUUUUGAGGUAUUCAAUCAAAUUGAAAAAAAUAAUUUUCAUGAGAAAGAUAUUUUUCAGACUUCUAACUACUCAGCCACCUCUGUUCCUUCGCAUAAAAAAAUUAUAACGUCAAAGUUUGCAGACUCUGACCGAUUCAGAAAAGAGCCGACCAGGGUAAGAAAAAAACCUCCGUUUCUUAUAGAUAUUUAUCUGUUUUGUUGAACUGAAAAAAAGAUUAAAUUAAAAAAAUUUUUGACAACGACCUGAAAAAAACUGCAAACUCAGAUGGGAAGAAGUCGCAGUUAACACUGGGAAAAUCUGGAAAAGCCAAUCCACAAACAGAGAAACACGUUUCAUGAGUGAGUCUUGAUUCAAUAAGUUUCAGCUUUACGAGCUUUCAGAGGAAAUUCUAGCCCUAUCCAACUUCUGAUGAAACUCAAGCUCGUCACGAUGAUUUUAGAAUAAGAAACAAAGUUUAUUAUGGGAAUUCGACCGUUUCCGUACAAUUAUUGCAGGAAAUCAGAGCUUUUGGUGUAUAUGAAGUUUAGGAAUCAUCGGAUCGAGUGAAAGAAAUCCUGGAACAGACUGAGAGAAAACGCGAAGAAACCCGUAAACGAUACGAAGAAGAGAAAGUCAGAAGGGAAAAAAGCAGAGAAGAAAAACGGCUGCAAUUGGAAGAACUGAAACGGAAAGAACAAGAGAUCGAUGACAAAUCGGCUCGACAACUUGAAGAACUUGAAAAAAGACUCGCCGAUGAGGAGAUUCAGGAGUUGCAGAGGAAGAAGAAGAUCGAAGAAGAAGCCGCCGAGAGAAGCCUCCGAGAAGAAAAAGAACGAAAAAGAGCUGAGGAAGCCUGGAAUCGGGUCAUAGCUCAGAUCAAGCGGAACAUGUUCGUCGAAUCAAAAUGGGAUAAAUGGUUCGGCCAACUUCGCGACGCUGUUUCUCCUCUCAUUACCAGCUUAAGGAAAGUCUUGUUCGAUGUGAAGGUGAGCAAAAAACUCAAUUAG